ACUCCAAUUCCUAAUACGUACAUGGUUAGGUUUUUGAAACAGGAAUAUUUUUAAAAUAUCGAAUAUGAUGCCAUGAAUAUCAUUCCUUUCUUAAGUUAUGGAAAAAAAAGCCGCUCGAUGCGUGACAGGUGUUUACAAAAUUGACGAUUAUAUCCGUCUGCUAUUUUAUUAAUUUACUCGAAAAGGAAACACAGGCACACUAUCGUGCUGCAUAAUUACAAAUGAUAUCACGGCCGUCGCAGUACUUAAUAUAAUCAGCGCAUUCAUAAACAUAAUAAAUGAGACGCUGAUAGAGAAAGAGUGAGGAUUAUUGCUAAUCACGCAAAAAUCGCAAAGACUUUGGAAGUUCCGAGUUCCGAGCUGCCUCCGGUAGAUCCGGGAGAUCAAGCGAACAAGGGAUUCAAGGGAAUCGCAGGCAGGGAUGGACGUGAGCGCGUUGUUCAAGGCGAGCGUGAAGGCGGUGAAUCUGCGCAACAAGGACCUCGGCGCGCCGGCAACGACGGCGUGUCAGCCGCGUAGAGCCAGGAGCAAGAGCACCUUCUGCGCGAAGGCGUACUCGGUGGUCGUGCAGAUCUCCAAGCUGCGCGAGUUCCUGCUGGAGAACCGCAAGGCCUACCUGAACUUCUCCAACUACCUGUCCGCCGCGCCGCACAUGACGGACGCGGAGCGCGACGAGAUCGACCUGGGCGCGCAGCGGAUAAUGAGCACGUGCUCGCAGCUGGUCAAGGACCUGAAGCGGGAGGUCGCGGCGUCCACGGAGAUCACCCAGCAGAACGUCGAGCAUCGCGAGAUUAUGCUGCUGCUGAUAGAGGACUACCUGAAGAACGUCUGUAAGAUAUACUCGGAGCAGAAGGCGAUGCGCGUGAAGAGGGCGAUGGAGAUGCGAAGGAUCUCCAGGCUGCAGGCGGAUCCCAGACCAGCCGAUCGAUCGUCAGCGACGGUGAUGAAAAAGUCGGCGCUCAACGCGGCGGAGAAAAUCCUGGACGAUCAUGAGAGCAGAAACGACUCGAGCGAGUCGAGUCCGAUGAAGAUUCAGGAGAUCAACGGCGACGUCAAUACGUUGACGUACGAGGAGGAAUUGUCGGCCGAGGACAUCCAGAUGUUCGAGUCGGAGAACGAGCAGCUGUACAACGAGCUCAACACCAUGACGGAGGAGGUCAAGCAGAUCGAGAGCAAAGUGGUGCACAUCGCCGAGCUUCAGGAGAUCUUCACGGAAAAGGUUCUGGACCAAGACAAGGAUCUGGACAGGCUGAUGACGACGGUGGUCGGGUCGACGGAAAACGUGAAAGAGGCGAACGAACAGAUACGACAAGCGAUUCAGCGGAAUGCCGGUCUCAGGGUGUGGAUCCUCUUCUUCCUUCUGGUGAUAUCGUUCUCGCUGUUGUUCCUCGAUUGGUAUAAUCCAUAAGAGUCGACAGACAUCCUGCUGCUCGUAUUUCAAGAUACGAGCGAAGCAAGGAGUUGCGAACACUUACAGGAGAUAUUUAUAUUUGGUACAAUUCGUAAAAACGCACUUCUAGUUAUUAAACUAUUGAAUUUUAUGAAUAUUUAUUGUACCAAUUUGCGAUAAUUGUCACUUUCGUAAGAAUGAAAGAAUAGAUGUGUCGGAAAAGAGAAAGAGAGAACAUUUGCCAAAAAAUAUGUUGCUAUAUUUUAUCCCCGGACAUUAUUGUACAUAAUAGCUAUAACUUAUUAAUAUAUAUGUAUAAUAAAAUUUGUAUAGUAUAUAUUUACUUAUAUACAACGCGUCUCUUCACAUAUAUGCACGUACAAAAACACAUCUACUUAGUUGGUAAUUCACCUUAAUAAAACUGUGAGUUUUGCCAACUGCGUUGCUAACGUCAAUUGUGCAUCAAUGUACUUUUUGCUCUGUAUCUUUCGUAAUAAUAUUCUCUUAAGGCUCCCGUUUCCUCUCGCUGUAGUGGUAAUGAAUUAUAAGAGAUCAGAAGUUGGAGAUCAUGUAAAUAUCGUUUUAUAUACGUUUAAGCUUCGUUUAUAUUUGAAAUAAAUUAGUUUUCAUAU